AUGGUGACAAAGAAGAGGGCAGUGAGCUUCGAAGAUGAUGACAGAUUGCAACAUGGUAGUGUUAUUGCUACAAGAUCCCUUGUGCAGAAAAAAGAGGAUCCUGGUGCCUUCACUAUUCCAUGUACCAUCGGGUUGUUGCAUUUUGCUAAGGCAUUGUGUGAUCUUGGUGCUAGCAUUAAUCCGAUGCCACUGUCUAUUUACAAGACGUUGGGUCUAGGAGAUCCAAAACCGACUGCGAUGCGGCUUCUCAUAGCCGAUAGAACUGUGAAGAGGCCCAUUGGUGUGCUCCAUGAUGUACUAAUGAAAGUGGAGUCGUUCAUCUUUCCAGCGAAUUUUGUGAUUCUAGAUUAUGAAGUCGAUUUUGAGGUUCCCAUCAUUCUUGGGAGACCAUUCCUUGCCACUAGGAGCGCCUUAGUUGAUAUGGAAAAUGGGUCUAUGAAGCAGAGUAGUGAGCUCCAAUCAGUAUCUGCGAUAACAUAUAGAGUUGAGAGUGGGUCUGAGGUGCAGAUUAAAGAGAGACUAGGUGUUGAGGCACUAGCUGCGGUUAUGAUGAACUUUCAGAGUGAUGGUAUUGAAGAGUAUGAUGAGUUGGUCGCCGCACUUGAUAGGUGCGAAUAUCGUUCGAAACCAAAGAAGCUGGAGUUAGACAUGAAAAAUCAUGAAUCCCCACCCGCAAGAUCGUUUGUUAAGGAGGCGCCGAAAUUGGAGCUUAAGGCUCUACCAUCACAUUUGCGGUACGUAUUCUUGGGAAAAGAUGAUACUUUACCAGUUAUAAUUGCGGCAUAUUUGAAUGGGCGACAAGUAGAGUGUUUAGUUUCUGUGUUAAAGAGGUUCAAAUGA